GGCGCGCCCCCUGACAGCACUCCGGUCGCGUCUACCCGCGUACAAUGUGUCGCUCUCGCAGCUCGCUGCCCGCUCUGACCGGCCUGCGGUCGCCGGCCCCCGCCCCCUCAUCCAGCCCGGCGCUCCGGCGCGGCUCAGGCCCGGAGAUCUUCACCUUCGAUCCCCUGCCAGAGCCCGCGGCCUCUCCCGCAGGGCGUCUCAGCGCCUCCCGCGGACACAGAAAGCGCAGUCGCCGGGUCCUGUACCCGCGAGCGGUCCGGCGCCAGUUGCCCGCCGAGGAGCCGAACACGGCCAAGAGACUCUUGUUCGUCCUGCUCGCCGUGGUCUUCUGCCAGGUCCUGCUGGCAGAGGAGGGCCUGUCGGAGCCCCUGGUCCCGGAGGACGCGCCCAGCACCGAGUCCCCCGCGCACGCAGCCCUGGAGCCCCUGAACCUGACCUCGCGACCGGCGGACUACGCACUGGAACUGAGCGCCCUCCUACGGCCGCGCCCGGCCGCCUUCUGAGCGCGGGGAGCCGGCUCCGCACAGGCACAGGGCGGCCUGAAGCGCGCGAGCGUGUCCCACAGUGGGACCGGCGCCCGGACGAACACUAACUUAUUCCUCCUGCCCCUGAUUAAUAUUUAUGUGUAUUUAUGGAUCCUCCGAGUGGCGGGGGAUUAUGUAAUAUUUAUUGUAAGUUAUGCGCGGCGCUGCCCGCGGCGGACGCCGAUCUCGGGAUUUACCAGUGUCGCCGUCGCUCGCCCCUCAGCCCGCGGUCUCUAGGGAGGGCAGGGGGUCGUGGGUCGGGGCGCCCUACAGUAUGUUCUGUGAACACAAAUAAAUGGUUUACACGAG